CAGCUCCUCUUGCUCGCAGCCUUCUCCGUGUCUAGCACACCCACUGCCCUCCGUCUGCGCAGCGCACACCUCUGCCAGCCGCCAGGGUGCAGCGCACCUCCACACCCAGCCGCUGCGCGCGAGUGCGUCUGCGUGCAUCUUCGAGCCCUCUCAGCCCGCCAUGACUGCGCCGUCUGCCAUGGCAGCCGGCGGCGGACAGGCGCCGUCGGUGCACCUGCGCACGCUGCCGCCGCUGCCGCCGUUCCGCGUGCCACACCCGAUCCCCGACGCCGCGCAGCCCAUCUCGGCGCUCAAGCUCAGCAUCCUCUCCAUCCUCACCGGCCAGAUCUCGCCAGCCAGCUCGACACAGGCGGCCGUGGCGGCCAUGACGCACAGCGAGCGUCUUAAGCAGGAGACGCUGCAGGGCUGGCGCCGCGAGAUGCUGCGGAUAGAGCUGCGCCAGAACGCGCUCAUCGCGCCAGAGACGCGCGAGGGCGAGGCGCGGGACGAGGAGCUGGAGGGCUUUGAGCUGGCCGACGACCACGACUGCGCGCUGCUGGAGGACGGCGAUGAGAUCAUCAUCCGCGUCAAGCCACCACACACUCUGGAGUCUCUUCGUCUCCCGGCACUGCCUCGCGGGCAUGUCUUCGGCUUGCCUGCUGGCAGCCUGACACGAGCAGGCACGCUGUCCGCACCGCCGCCCUACAGCGUCCUCAACCCGCGCGAGCCGUCGUCGCACAGCUCCAGCGUGGCCGGGCAGCCGCAAGCCAACUUCCACCAGCACCAGUACCGCGACCCAAGUCGCGGCUUCCGCGUCAUUUCUGCUGCGGAAGCGUCUGGCGCUCAGGGCGCUCGCACUCGGCCACGCCUCGGCAAUGGCCGAUCAAGUAGCGCCGCGGGACCAACGCCCGGCCCGUAUCGCCCACCUCCACUCGCAGCAGCUCCGCCCGAGGAGCGUCGCAGGCGCGGCUCGCGCAACGGCGCACCGUCAAGUCCGCCGCUCGACAGCGGCGCUGCUCAGAGCGGCAGCCGCACGCCGACCUCAGUCACCGGCCUCAACGCGAUGCAGAGUGCGCCGCCGGCACCACACCGGCGACACACGAGCGGCGCGACGUCUCACGACGAUGCCUUGCGUCCGACAGCAGCCACGUCGGCAGGCAUGAACGGCAGCGGGCCACCAGCUGGCGCAGCUGCGAUGCCUAGCACUGCGCUGGUCAUCGGGCCGGGCGUGCAGGGCCGCUUUGGAGCUGUCCCUGCCGAGUCGCCUGCACAGAACAUCAAUCCGGAGUACGGCAACGCUGCGGCGUUUGCCUCGUUCACCGCUGCAAGUGGAGAGGUGCGGCCAGCAAAGCCGAAGAAGAAGCACUCGAGCAACGGCCGCGCCAGUCGUGGCGAAGGAGAUCGGGAGGGCAGAGCGCGUGUCGCUGCAGAGGCAGCUGAGCGGCGCGCUCAGGAUCUGGCUGUCGAAGGCGAGCCGACGCGCCCGAAGCCUGCUGGACGCCAGAUCAGCAGCAGCUCAGCAGGCCGGCAGCGAGUCGAGCUACCUCCUGCGCCGCUCCUGCCACCGAUCCGCAACCUUGCUCCGUUCCCAUCUGCGGCCGGCCCCAGCGAGACGCUCGCGCACAUGCCCUCUGCGGCGACUGCGCCAACGGUCAAUCCUCCGCAGGGCAUGAGCGCGCUGGACGAGCAGUUGGCCAACGAUGCGGCCCUGGCCCUCGCUCUGUCCGGCCAGGACGACUUUGGCCGCGACGACGGGCGCUCUGAGCAGUCUGGCGCCUAUUCUGGCACGUCUCGCUCGACGAGCGGGCCCUCGAAUGUGCCUCAAGCUCUCACGCCCUCGCCACUUGCCACACCGCCUAUUGCGCAAGGCGAGACAGCCGAUGGCGCCGCUGCAGUCGACGAGCCGCGCGCGAGCAAGGCGGACCGGCGCUUCGCAGCCGUGCAAGCCUCGCUGGCCAAGGAGCGAGCGCGGCAGGCCGAGGCUGACAAGGCGCGAAGUGCCGAAUUGCAGGCGCGCGAGGCGCGAAGGGCGGAAGAGGCUCGUAAACGUGCCGAGGAGGAGAAGCAGCGCAAGGUGCAGGAGCAGUGGGAGCUGUGGGAGGAGAUCAGGCGCAGAGAACGCAAGGCUGGCCUGCCGCCGCCGCCGGUGGCGAACCGCCUCGAGGACUGAGAGCAGACUGCGCUCCCUGUCGUUCAAUAUUUCGAUGCGUGCGUCUUCCGUCGCAUUUGACUCGAUCUCACAGCUGUCGGACCGGCCACCUUCUCCCAUUGCGCCCACACGCCGCUCUCGCUGUCCCACGCAUCCUCUGUAUCUCCUCACAUCGCCGCCGCCACGCAAUGACUUGUAUCCACAGGG